AUGACAAGCCUAGCCGAGGACCGUCGGUCGCAGAAACGGGUGGCCAACGCCUGCCGAUACUGCAAGAAGCGCAAAAUAAAGUGCUCGGGCAUUGAGCCGUGCCACUCAUGUUCUCAACGCAAAAUUGCCUGCAUUUUUGAAGAGGCGGAAAAGAAAGUCCUUGUUUCAGAAAGAUACCUGCUUGAACUCGAACGCGAACGCCGACGGCGGCGAUCCACCGCAACACGUUCGCAUUCGACGGGUUCCAACUCCCGCAAUUCCCCACGCGCCGAAGAAACUGUUGAGCAGGCAGUUUCAGAGGGUCAAGCACAAGCAGGCCGAGAAAGACGACAAUCUCAGUCCUUGGACUCCAUUACCAACCCACUAGUCUCGCAGACGUCUUCCUACGUCCAGGACUCGGUUGGGAGAUAUCGAUUUCUGGGCUCAUCGUCAACAUGGACGUUCAGCCAAAGGGCUUUUAUACACCUGCAGCAGGCGUUCCCAGAAAACGAGACGAUUGCGAUUCCCCUAAACGUCGAUGGAAGCGCUUAUCAACUAGAUUACACCUACGCAAACUCGGACGGCAUUCCCGAUACCACCGAGCUGCCGUCCAUCGAUUAUACUCUGUAUCUGAUGAAUACUGUGAAAUUUCAUACGUGCCAGAUGCUUCGACCUUUUGACGCAGAGGAGUUCACUCGGAAUCUGUAUGAAUUCUCCGAACAAGGCGUGGCAAAGAUCGAGUCAUCCAGACUCUGGUUUGUCCAAUUUCUGUUGAUAGUGGCUCUGGGAAAGGCCAUGCUUGUCGUCCUCAAAGAUCCAUCUACGCCUCCCGGUUCGGCAUGGUUUCAACGGGCCAUGUCUAUAAUGCCUGACUCAGUCCGGCUCUUACGCGAGCCCACCCUGGCCAUUCAAGUCUUAUGCCUUGUGACUCUAUUUUUGAUGUCUAUUGAUAUGAAGGAGGCUGCUUAUGGAUAUAUUGGCCAGGCCGCCCGGAUUUGUCUGGUUGAAGGGUUGCACCAAGACACACCUCGACAAGUCAUGGGUGAUAAAUUGGCAAAUCGCCAUCGCGAUCUUUGGUGGACCGUCUACAUCUUGGAUCGCCGCCUAUCAUCCAUGAUCGGGACGCCCUGUUCAAUCCAAGAUGUCGAUAUCACAUGUCCUCUCCCAGCCACUGAUAGCCAGUUGGGCACAGUACUCAACAUUCAUGUCAAGAUAUCGCGGCUCAUGACUCAGGUACAAAACUCCGUUUACAGUGUUGAGCAUCUAAGUCGGCCGUUCGUCAAAAUUGUGCAGUCCACACUGCGCAAUAUGGCCGCAAUGGCCCACGAGAUGGAAACCGUGUUCGCUUCAGCUUCAUAUGGUUCCAUCGAUUCUGUCUCGACCGUGGCAUGCCAUAUAAGUCUAUCGUAUCAUCAUUGUAUACUACUGGCCACCAGGCCUCUUCUGCUCCAUUUGUUGAUUACACAGCUCAAAGGCAACGUGUCCCAUCAUAAUAUCGAACAGAACCUCCGUCCGCAGACGAGACAUCUCCUGGAGACAUCUAUGCAGUCAGCACGGAUGACGCUCAAAAGGCUCGCCACAUUGUAUGAACACCAUCUGUUAGAUGCUUUUCUUCCCUUCGAUCUCGAAAGCGCAUUUUCCGCUGCUUUUAUUAUAACUCUGGCCUCGGUCAUUGUCCCCUCCAUGGUUUCCGACGCUGCUGCGUACAGAAGCAUCAGCUAUCGCAUCAUAGACUACUUGAUUCGUAAAGGGAACCUGCCUGCUCGGUUACGAAAGAAGGAACUCCUUUGUCUCGAUCAGAUGAUUCGCCCUCUACUCAAUACCCCAGGUCUUCCGCCAAGGCAGAAUGUGGGCAACGCCGACGAACAAUCGACUUCCUUCAGCCCUGAAUUCGGGAUCUUCGGUAAUUGGCUCGCCGGUCCUGCAGAAAGUGGCUUCAAUCCAGCGGAGAUGCUGGACAUUGCAGAUCAACUUGAGCCGCAGGCCCAAAGCACAAACUCCCUCGACUUUGAGACAGACUGGGGAGACAACGGCCCGCGGACUUGGUGGUUGGAGCUGCCGCAUGACCAGGAAAAUGUGCAUCCCUGA